AUCGCAGUCUGUUAGAGAGCCGGCAGCCCGCAACGCGAGAGUUGCUGCCGAGUCAAUUCGAGUUUGAAAUAUCGUUUGAUUGAAACAGACAGAGAGAAGAGACAUUUCGUGAAUUCGUAGUAAAGAAACUCGGAAACGACGGAAUCGUUGUUAACCCCGUCCCUAGAUAAAGAAGGGACAGGCAUCAUCUCGUAUUCGUUCCGAUCUACGUUUAGUGUCGCUGUGUCCUACAACGGUUCUCUCACGCCACCCUCUUUGCCACCGUAUUCGCGAACUACUCGGUCUCCUGUCGCUCUCCAUUUGCCCCUCUUUUGCUAACCUAUCUCUCCCUUUCUCUUUUCUCUAUCUCUUUCUUUCUAUCUUUCUCUCUCUUUCUCUCUCUAUAUCUCUCGGUCUUUAAACGCAACAUCGAAUACGAAAGAAACGGAGAAAUUAAAGCGUUCACACGAAGAAGUAGCCUGUUAAGAUAACAGACUGUUUUCGAUUGCUUCUCUGACGGAUAUUAUUCACGUUGUUUUCUACGUGGAAAGAAUACCGUUCCUGGAUUCUACAUAUAUCGAAAGAUCGAACAAUUAAAACUGGAUAAUCGUGUCACGUAACGAGUUAGCUAGCCCGAAUUUGGAUCAAUGAUCUAAUGUUGUACGGAGAAGCUCGGAUCCUGCGCAUUCGGCGAUAGGACAUAGCCCUACCGCUUUUCAGGAAAAGGGUCGUGCAAAUCCUGCGCAAUACUUAACGCCAACACUGUCCGCAUGAAAUUGCGGUGUGACGACGCGGUGACCUUUUCAUAAAAUCUCUUCGAAAUUUUGUUGCCUCGCAAUGAGUACCACGGAUCCUACUGGAGAGGGCGGAGGGGGAGGGGCAACGACUACGAUAUCACCAAACAUUGAACAGAAUGUAUCUCCGAUUAUACCGGUGACCGGUAGUGCGGUGCAACCAGGCUCUCAACAACAGCAUCCACCACCGUCACCACUAAGUGGUUGUUACCUUCUCGUUGUGCUUCCAGAGCCUCAUACCACGCAGCAUAAAGAUCUCAUCUUAAAUCGUCUCGCAAAAGGUUUCUUGUCGUGGGAUAAGGAUAGCUGUCACGUAGAUUUAGAAAAAGAAUUACUGGCGUUGGUGGCGCAAGCUCCGGAAGGGGAAGAAGCAAGAAAUGGCGAACGACUGAUCCAAUACGCUACCGAGAACCUCGUUACCGAAGUUCUGAUUCACCCGCAAACGAAUACACUGUUACAAUGUAUCCGUAACCUUCUCGCAAGCUUUACAAAACACCGACACAUUAUACACGGUGGCUAUACCUUCAGUGGAAAUGGUUCCUGGAUACUGCAAGAUGGAACCUUUAGCCUUGCCGAUUUCCUGGAUGCGUUCAGUGAACACGAAGUGCAAAGAGUUCUUCGUGCGUAUGAAAACAGUGUCACGGUAGACAUUCAUUGCGCGAGUGUCGGCGAUUGGACAACAAAUAGACUUUCCAAAGAAGCUUGCACUAGACCUUGCCGAGUAAGAGUAAAUCCCGAUGACGUUCUCACCGCUGGAUUACCAGCCAUCGCGAGUUUCACGAAUUACAUUGGACAAUAUCUGGUCGCUCAGACACUGGACCAGCUUAUGGAGCCAUCCGAUGUCGUAGGCAACAUAAGAUUUAGUCACCCAACGUUGUAUGUCUUCCCUGGCGGUCAAGGUGAUGCCGCGCUCUUCGGCAUAAAUGGUUUUAACAUGUUGGUGGACGGUGGUUUCGCCAGAAAGGCCUGUUUUUGGGACUUUACCAGACACUUGGAUCGCCUCGAUGCGGUCUUAGUUACUAGAAUAAAUAAUAGUAAUGUUGGAGGCAUGUCCAGCGUGCUCCGCAAGAAGAAAGAAAUGCACGUCUAUCCUCAAAUCGGACAUUUCUUCUGCAACCUAAUCGAGAGAAGACAAUCCAAUUCACCGGACGGGGACAAAGAUAUCGAUCCUCUGAUACUAAAUCUCACCGAUAUUGGCCAAGAGAUGGUCGUCAAUCUGCGUCACAUCAGUCUGCGAGCGCAUCCGUGCUACAGAGACCCAGACCCGAUCAAUCUCUAUCACAAAGUAGGUCACGGCACGUUGGACAUGUACGUGUUAAGCCCCAGCAAGGAUAGUCGCGAAGUUAAAGAAUUUCUGGCGAGAUGGCACGCCGCCGAUUCGAAACUUUUUGCCGGUGGUCACAAGAAAGACUCGAACAAUUUAACCUUCCCGAUCCAGAAUUUGGUCUCCAUAUGCGCGUUAUUAGUCUGGCAACCCGCAAACCCCGAAGACACCAUCACGAGAAUAUUGUUUCCCGGAAGUACGCCUCAACAGAAGAUCUUCGAAGGCUUCGAACGAUUGAAACACCUGGAGUUCCUAAAGCAUCCUGUUUGUUCUGCAAAGAGCCUCUCGCCGUCCGCGUCUUUAGCUACCCUGCGAGACAAGCCCACGAAACAGAAAUUGGGCCUGAUCAGUGAAAAAGAAGCUUCGAAGAAGUUAGGCACAGAGGCGAAGAAAGAGAAAAAAGAAUCGCCCGAAAUAAAAAUGAAAGCUACAGAUGAAUUACCUCCAAAGACGCAAGCAACGUCAAUUAUUCCUACGAAACCUGUUAAAGCCGAAACGAAGCCUAAGAAAAUAGUGGAGAACAAGAAGAUAGAGGUGGAGAAGGAGAGUAAAAAGAUAGAAAAAGAAGCGAAGGAAGCGAAGAAGGAGAUCGUAAAGAAGGAUGUUGGGAAGGAGAAGCCAGAAAAGAUAGAAGAGAAAUUAGAGAAACGCGAAGAGGAUGUCCAGAAGAAGAUCGAGCCUCCGAAAGAAACAGAAAAGAUAACUCCACCGGCGAAGGAAUCAAAACCGAAAGAAGUAGCCAAAAGGAAAGAAUCGAAAGAACCAAAGGGCGUUAAACCUGGAAAAAUUGAAACAAAGGCGAAGAUAACUGAUAAAAAAGCGAAACAGUCUCCCGUAGAAAAGAAGGACGCUGGAAUGAUAGUGAAAUCUUCUCCAACGACCCCUAAGAAAACUAUAAACGGAGUUGCCACAAAGACGGAGAUAUCGAAAGUGAGCGUGACCAAAGCAAAAGCCCAGAAGACAGCAGCUGCACCACCAGCGAAAAGCACUAAGGAUGCAAAUAAUAGAAAAGUACUUGAACAGAAGAACAUCGAAUCGGCUAUAACCACUGGCAUGGUCAAAGUACCAGCCAAACCGAAACCAAUGGACAGAAAACCGCUUAGCCGCCGACCAAAACCAGUUAGUCCGAGUAAAGUUCGAGUAUCUGGUAGUCCAGCGAAGUCGACUCGUAGCACUCCAACAACCUCUGUUAAAUCUGACAAAGACGGUGUCGUUCGCAAAGCGAAGAGCGACAAAGGUACUGCCGAUUCUUCGACUGUAUCCACGCCAUCUGGAAUUGAAGCUGAAACAGGAGUUAGACUCGCAGAGAAGAGUCUAAUGGAACAAUCGGAAGAUAUUUCUUUGGAUUCUAUCGAAAGCAAAGUGCUGGCUGAUCUAAAGGAGGAAAGAGAAGUAGUCGAGGAGAUCGAAGCAGUGCUUAAAAAAGCAGAUCUUAUCGAAGAAACACGAAAAGAUGAUCGUUCCGAAGGAGAUGAUGAAAUCACAGCGGAACUUACUGACAAGAAAGAAGAAGAUAUCACAGACGAUGACAUAAUCGAAGCUGACAUGGAAGAUGCACUUAAGAGAGAACUUAUCGAUGAGUAUUUGAUCGUUGAGAAAGAGGAAGAUUAUAUAGAAGACUCUACUCAGAGCGGCGAAGGUGAACAAAAGCAUAUUUUGGACGAGGCUGAAUCUGAGAAGGUGAAGAUGCUAAAGGAUAUGGAGCAGGUGAAGGAAAAAGGUGCCGAGGAAGAAGUGGAGGAGAAAGAGAAGGACGAGAGCGUGGAGAAGCGUGAAAAACCAUUGGAAGAGAAGGAGACGAUAUUGAAAGGCGAAGAAGAGAAGGCAGAGCCAAUUGAUUUGUCACCAGAUCGUAGGGAGCAAUUGGAAGAAGAGGCUAAAGAAAUAGUUGCUCCCGCAGCAGAGAUAAUCCAACAAAAACCAGAAGAGAAAGACGAUUCCGGUAAGAAGGAUAGCGAGGACAUUACCAAGGAACCUUCGAGUUUGAGCCCUGAUAAGUUGGACUCUUCCGAGAAGAAAACCACUGACACUGAUUUGAAACCCGAAGCUGACCAAAAGGAACAAAUACCAGAAAAAUUAGAAGAAUCGCAAGAACGAAUUUCAACUUUGGAAUCUGGUGCUACAACCACAGCGCCGACACUUCCAGAAGAUGAGCGUAUACCCCUGGACGAAAUCAAAGAAGAUAUCGACGAGAAACACAUUAUCGAGGAAGUGAAAGAGAAGGAUGUGGUACAGAAAGUUAAAGAAGAGGUCGUUGCUUCGCGAACCGUACCUCCAACAGUAACUACAAAACCAGACGUUCAAGUGUUUGAUGUCCGUCAAGCUGUACAGUGUCUUCAACGCGACAUUGUAAAAACACCAGACGAAGUUGCUGAUUUGCCAGUCCACGAAGAGGUAGAUCCUAAAUUGUACAGAAUGGAAGACUUCGAGAAGGACAAAGAGGAAAAACCAGCAUUGGUACAACCGCCACAACCACAGCAAGAACCAGAGCCUCAGCCACAAGUAUCGGCACCGGUACCAACGCAAGAAGUCAAAGAACCACCUACGCCACCUGUUAAGGAACAAAAAGGAGUUUUCAGCUUCUUCGGCAAGGUUGCUGAUAAGUUUGAAAAGGGCAUCGAUAAAUUAACCAAGAAAUCAAAGAAGGAACAGGAGAAGGACGUCGAUGAAAAGUCUUCGUCGAAGUCCAGUUCUCCGAAAGAGGCGAAGGUACAAGAGAAGACCGUGCUCGAAGAAGUCGAUGUCGAGAAAAUAUUCCUGAAAGUUGGUAAACCUAGUGAGAAAGUCCAGGAAGUAGUUCCUGAAGUGGAACCGAAGAUACAAGAGAGGGCUGCCUCGAUCACGGAAGAAACCAUCGCGAUGGCUAAGGAAAAACUCGAGGGUGUGACCGUAACAGAACGUGACGUAACAGAACUCGAAAUUAAAGAGAAAGAAAUUAAACCUACCGAGAAAGAGGCUGUGAAAGAAGAAAGCAAAUCUCCAGUGUCGGUGGUAUCGAAACCCAUUGAGGAAGAAAAAAUUGAAUCGAAAAAAGAAAUAGCGAAACCAAGCGAAGUUCCGUCGAAAGAUGUCGAGGUCGCAGAAAAGACGGAAAAGUCACCGGAGAUCGAGAUCAAAGCUAAGAAGGAAGAACAGCUUGCAGAAGAAGUCGAAGAAGAAGCAGAAGAAAUAAAAGCACUGUUGGAAGAAGCUUCGAAGAAAUUUAAAACAGUAAAGGACAGCUUGCGGGAUUCUUUGGAAUCGUUGGAAGAGAAGAUCGCCGGCGAAACAGCUGAUUUGACACGAGAGGUACCAUUAACGAAGGAUGUCGUUAAGGACACUCUGGAAGGUGUGGUGGAAAAGCUGGAAGCGAUUAAGCCACAUAUCGAAGGCACAUCUCCCGAAAGCAAAGAACCUGAAAAGGUGAAAUUCGAAAUACCAAAAGCUGAACAUUUGGAAGAAGAAAUACCUACGAAAGACGUUAAAGAAGCUGUUCUAGACGUUGGAGAGGUUCUUGCUGGAACAGCUGGUAUCGACAUCGAGGACAAAGUUAGAGAUGUUACCGAAAUCGUGCGUAAGGUUGCCGAGGUUCUGAAAGAAGAAGAUGUCUUCUCGGACAAGUUGUUGUUCAAGGAACCAAUCAAAAAGGAAGAAACUGUGUCGCCACCUAAACCUGUGACGGAAGCUAUGUCGCCGCCUAAACCUGUGGCGGAAGCUGUGUCGCCGCCUAAACCUGUGACGGAAGCUGUGUCGCCACCUAAACCUGUGGCGGAAGCUGUGUCGCCGCUUAAAUCUGUGGCGGAAGCUGUGUCGCCGCCUAAACCUGUGGCGGAAGCUGUGUCGCCGCCUAAACCUGUGGCGGAAGCUGUGUCGCCGCCUAAACCUGUGGCGGAAGCUGUGUCGCCGCCUAAACCUGUGGCGGAAGCUGUGUCGCCGCCUAAACCUGUGGCGGAAGCUGUGUCGCCGCCUAAAGCUGUCGCGGAAACUAAGGUUCCUAUGAUACCCACGAAAGUUGGAAUUACCGAGGAAAUUUCUCUGUACCAGGAGGAAGCUGAAGAACUCGUUGCAGAAACAAAGGAAGAACCUUGUGUCCAAAUUGUCAAAGAAACAGAGCCAAUUAUAUCUCCGAAAGAAGAGAAAGAUGAGCGUGACGUUAAGGAAAUUUGCGAAGAAAUGACGAAAGAUGUCAAAGAGAUUGCUCCCGAAGUUAAAGAUUUGUCUCUGAAGGUGGACGUACUGGAAGCUGGGGUGGAAGACGUUUGUGUGAAAGAAACUGUGAAAUCACCGAUCGAAAAAGAGGAGAAAGUUCAAACAGCUAUAGAAGAGCCUGUAAUAGGCUUCGAGCAAAAGAUUUCUCCCGCCAAAGCGGAGAUUGUAAUGGUUUCUCCUGGUUCAACACCAACCUCACCGAAAUUUGUUACGGAUAAAAUGCAGGAAAGCAAAGUGGACUUGAGUAAAGAAAUUGAACUCUCGAUUAAAUUACCCGCUGAAAUAAAAGCUAUUGUCGAUAAGGUAGAUCGUAUUGUGGAAGAGAUUAUCGAAGAACUUGUGAUUAAGAAGAAGAAAAUCACUAUUGAGAUUAUAGAGUACAUUACAAUCGUUAAAGGUGUUCCAAAGGAGCGUGUUAUCUAUAUUAUCGAAGAGAUUAUUAUACGAAAGGGUCUUUCAAAGAAAGAUGUCGUCGAUAACGUUGAUAUCUUAAAAUUGGAAGAAUCUAUCACUCCGAAAUUGAAAAUGGAGCUUGAAGAGUAUAUUAUCAAUGAAUACAUUAAAAGAGGAAAAUGCAUAACUAUCGAAAUCGUCGAAGAAAUUUCCAUUAAAAAGACUGUGCCGAAAGUGAUCAUAAUUCGUAUUAUCCAGGAAAUUAUCGUUAAAAAGUUAAUCGAUGUUAAAACUGAUGGUUUGUUUGAUUCCGAACUGGAACCGAUUGAUACUAAAGCAAAGAAAGAAGAAGCUGAGAAGAAAGAAGAAACGAAGGAGGAAAAGAUCGAAGCACCGUCGAAAUUAGACAAAAAGGAAGAAAAAUUAUCACCAAUCGAAGUUAUAUCGGUCGCGAAACCAGAAAUAAAAUCUCCUGUAGAAAAAGAGAUUUUGAAGGAAAAAGAGACGAAAUCACCGAAAGAAGAAGCUAAAAUUUCUGAACCACGUAAAGAAGAACUCGGCGUCGAAGAAGAAUCCGUUUGUUUGUCAGCUGAAGAAGAAGAAGAAGAUGAUUUUGUAAGUAUCAUUAAAAAAUCUUCCACAAAACCGAAAGAGGUUCGUGACUACGAGGACACAAUACCUACAAAACCGGUAUCUCUAAAAGAAAUUAUCGACAAAAGACAGGAAAAAGACAUUGGCGACGACUUUGAGGCUGUCGAACAAGAAUAUAAAGUACGCGAUGUAACUGUUACUUCUUUGGAAGAUACAUCGCGUAUUAUUUCACCAAAAUCAGACGAAUCACGCGAGCGGGAAUACGCCGAAGAAGCUGUGGAAGAUACCAUAAGUGACGUUAUCGAAGCUGACGAAAAAUUCGUUCACGAGACAAAGGGAAAAGUAGGAAAGACAGAAUUACCUAUCGAUGUAAAACCAGUUAUAGAGAAAGAAAAGGAAGUUAAAGUGACCGAAGUACCAGAAUCUCUCGAUACCAUAGAAAAGUAUCUAGACGAAGCUAAAGAGAAGAAGGAGCAGAAGACUGAAUCGCCCGAAGAAAAAGUGGAUGCGAUUACAAUAGAAAAAGAAAGAAGGAAACGUUCAAUCACUGAACUAGUGCUGGAAAAAGAAGUUAUUCAGAAAGAAUUAGAAAAGCUAGAAGAAAAAGAAUUUAAGCCAAUAGAAAAGAAGGAAGAAGUUAAACCAGUAGAAAAAGAGGAAGAAGAAGAUGUUAAACCAGUAGAGAAGAAAGAAGAAGUGAAACCAAUGGAAAAGAAGGAAGAAGUGAAACCAGUAGAAAAGGAAGAAGAAGUAAAACCAAUAGAAAAGAAGGAAGAAGUGAAACCAGUAGAGAAGGAAGAAGAAGUAAAACCAAUAGAAAAGAAGGAAGAAGUGAAACCAGUAGAGAAGGAAGAGGAAGUAAAACCAAUAGAAAAGAAGGAAGAAGUGAAACCAGUAGAGAAGGAAGAGGAAGUAAAACCAAUAGAAAAGAAGGAAGAAGUGAAACCAGUAGAGAAGGAAGAGGAAGUAAAACCAAUAGAAAAGAAGGAAGAAGUGAAACCAGUAGAGAAGGAAGAGGAAGUAAAACCAAUAGAAAAGAAGGAAGAAGUGAAACCAGUAGAGAAGGAAGAGGAAGUAAAACCAAUAGAAAAGAAGGAAGAAGUGAAACCAGUAGAGAAGGAAGAGGAAGUAAAACCAAUAGAAAAGAAGGAAGAAGUGAAACCAGUAGAGAAGGAAGAGGAAGUAAAACCAAUAGAAAAGAAGGAAGAAGUGAAACCAGUAGAGAAGGAAGAGGAAGUAAAACCAAUAGAAAAGAAGGAAGAAGUGAAACCAGUAGAGAAGGAAGAGGAAGUAAAACCAAUAGAAAAGAAGGAAGAAGUGAAACCAGUAGAGAAGGAAGAGGAAGUAAAACCAAUAGAAAAGAAGGAAGAAGUGAAACCAGUAGAGAAGGAAGAGGAAGUGAAACCAGUGGAAAAGAAAGAAGAAGUGAAACCAAAGGAAGAGGUGAAACCAGUAGAAAAGAAAGAAGAAGUGAAACCAGUGGAAAAGAAAGAAGAAGUAAAACCAGUGGAAAAGAAAGAAGAAGUGAAACCAAUAGAAACGAAAGAAGAAGAGAGACCAGUGGAAAAGGCGACUGAACCAAAGUCACCUGUUCAAAAGGAAAUCAUCGAUGAAAUCAAGCCUACUGAAAUUUCAUUAACAAAAGACGAGAAGCGAGAAGACAAAUUGGAGACAGUCAUCGACGUUUCCAAGAAAAUUCCGGAAUCGGAAGUUGUUGAUCGCGUACCGAAGGAAGAACUUGUUGAAAAGAAACCGGAAAUACUUGAAGUGGAGCGUAAGAAGAGUAUUCAGGAAUUAGUUAAAAAAGAUGAGGAAGUAUCCCCCAAAGUAGAAAAGAUCGAAGAUGACAAGAAAAUAUCUCUCAAAGUAGAGAAGAUCGAAGACGACAAGAAAGUGGAGAUGGUUGCGCCUGAAGAUUUAGCUAAAAAAGAUGAGAAAAUAUCUCCUAAAGCAGAAAAGAUCGAAGAUGUUACGAAAAUUGAGAAAGUUGCUCUUGAAGAUGUAGCUAAAAAAGAUGCGGAAGUAUCUCCCAAGCUGGAAAAGAUCGAAGAUGAAAAGAAAAUGGAGAAAGUUUCUCCUGACGACUUAGCUAAGAAAGACGAAGAAGUAUCUCCCAAAGUAGAAAAGAUCGAAGAUGACAAGAAAAUUGAGAAAGUGACUCUAGAAGACUUAGCUAAAAAGGAUGAGAAAAUAUCUCCCAAAGUAGAAAAGAUCGAAGACGACAAGAAAGUGGAGAUGGUUGGGCCUGAAGAUUUAGCCAAAAAAGAUGAGAAAAUAUCUCCCAAAGCAGAAAAGAUCGAAGAUGUCACGAAAAUUGAGAAAGUUGCUCCUGAAGACUUAACUAAGAAAGACGAAGAAGUAUCUCCCAAAAUAGAAAAGAUCGAAGAUGACAAGAAAAUGGAGAAAGUUGUUCCUGAAGACUUGGCUAAGAAAGACGAAGAAAUAUCUCCUAAAGUAGAAAAGAUUGAAGAUGACAAGAAAAUGGAGAAGGUUGCUCCUGAAGAUUUAGCUCAAAAGGAUGAGAAAGUAUCUCCCAAAGUAGAAAAGGUCGAAGGUGACAAGAAGAUUGAGAAAGUUGUUCUUGAAGACUUAUCGUUGACUCGAAAAGAAGAGCCACUCAAAGAGAUACCAGUUGCAGUUAAAGAAGAAAAGAAACCUGAGAAAUCGCCUGAAGAUGAUGCUGCAGCUGUUCGAAGGAUGUUAGUUACAGCAAGCAGCGAAGAUGGCGGACAAGAAAUUGAAAUUUCCCCAACUGGUACUAUCGCGCUCCAAAAAACUGUUACACCUGAUGAUUCUCUUAAAGAUGCAUCUGUCAAAUCAACAUCCGAUAAAGAUUCUUUGCUUCUAGAUAAGGACUCCCUGCACUCAGAAAUCAGUUCUCCAGAAAAAGACAGCAUUUCUGAUAAGUCACCAUCAAUCAAAGAUGUCGGAAAGGUAACUCCUGAAGACAGCUUGGAUAAGUCACCGAUUGACACUCGUGACUCACGUGAUCUCGAAGACAGCUUAGAGAAGGCGGUACCUACUAAACCGAAAGAAGCGGACAGUAGCACUUCUCCAUCUCUGAUAGAAUCAGAAAUUCCAAAGUCUCCCAGUUUGCAACAACAAACAGAAAUUUUGGAGGAUAUGGCUAAAACCGUUCGUGAAAAAGUCGAAAAGAAAGAAUUAGAAACUAGGAAGAUUGAAACAAUCGAAUCAUCUGUUGAUACAGCUACUAAAGUAGUGGACACCGUUGCUGAGAAAAAAGAAUUAGAUGGAAAAAUGAUUAAAGAAGCUUUAGAGAAACCGACGCUGAUUCAAGAGAAAGUUGAAGUCGAUGAAAUUCGCAAGAAAAGUCUCGACAUCGUUGCAUCGAAAUCACCGGAGUCGCUUCGAUCGGAAGAUGUUUCUCCGGCGGAAACUAUUUUUGCAAAAUCACCGGAAGAAUCGGCGAAGACUUCUGAUAUGAGAGAUAUAGAACCUCUAAAGUCAACCUUCGAAACGAUAGUUCCAGAAAGAAAGAUUGGAAUGCCGGAAGGUUUGAAAACAGAAGUAAUUAAAGAAGUUGCUCAAGUUGAUAGAAAAAUUGAGAUGCCUGUAAGUGAUGAAAAAGGAGACAAGAAAGAACGCGCCGGUAUUUCACCUAAGAAAAGUCCUGAAGAGAGUCCUGAAGAGAGUCCUGAAAAGAGUCCUGAAAAGAGUCCAGAACUAAAAGAGAAACCACUUGAUUUCGAACCUACCAAAGCAGAAAAGAUACAACCAAUCACAGACCUUAAGCCAGCAAUUAUCACUGACCAGGACAAGUUAGGAAAGAAAGAAGCAGACAAAAAAUCUCCUUCUCCGGCACCGAGCGAUAAAGGGGAUUUGCAGGAGGUAAGCGAGGAUAAAAUGGUAGAAAAGACGAUUGUCUAUUUGACAAAGUUGGAAAAAUCUGAGAUCACUACCGCAGAAGCAGAAAAGAAGAUAGAAGAACAAGUAGAUGUUUCUAAACGUCAGGCUGAAGAAUCCAAGAAAACAAAAACACCAGAGGAACCUAGAACUCCAACUACAAGUCCUGUUCUUGAACAACCUUCGAAAGCAGACAUCGCAGAAAUUCCCAGUGAAAAACCGAUAGAAUCAAAGGCACCUUUUGAUGUAUCAAAGCGACCCAGUAUUCCUACUGAACCGCAUGAGUGGAAAGAGAUUGAUGUAAAGGAAAUAGACAAGGCUAGGGCGUUAAGUAUAACGGGUGCUACCGAAGAACGUGAGGUUAUUACAGAUCGUUUGAAAUCACCGAUUAGUCCUGCAGAGAAGCCAGAUUUAAAGGCUAUUGAUAAAAAAUCACUUUCUCGUUAUUCGGAUUUAGAGGAUGCAGAGGCAGAAGAUGAGAAGUCUGCAUCUUCCAGUAUAACAAGUGUCUCAGGAGAAUCUAAGGAUGCAUCAGAUGCGUCAAAGUCGUCCAGUAUUGUUGACGAGGUAUGCGAUAUAAAGGAUAUUGCGGCAAGAGAUAUUGAGAAGUCAAUAUCUCCUAGUGUCGCUAGCGUCACAAGUCUCUUGACUGAACAAAAGGAACCGGUGGAUAAAUCAAAGACACCUAGUAUUGCUGGAGAGAUUCCGGACUUAAAAGAAGUUGAAACAAAAGAUAUGGAGAAAUCUAGGUCCCCCAGUAUAUCGAGUGUCUCGACUGAAGCAAAGGACGUGUCAGAUAAGUCGAAAUCUUCUAGUAUCGCUGGCGAGACACCCGACUUAAAAGAGGUUGAUGCUAAAGAAAUAGAGAAAUCCAGAUCUCCCAGUGUAACGAGUGUCCUAUCCGAAGCAAAAGACGUAUCGGAUAAGUCGAAAUCUCCCAGUAUCGCUGGCGAGACACCUGACUUAAAGGAUCUUGAAGCUAAAGAAAUUGAAAAAUCUAGGUCUCCCAGUGUAACAAGCGUCCCAGCUGAAGUAAAAGACGUGUCGGAUAAGUCGAAAUCUCCUAGUAUCGCUGGCGAGACACCUGACUUAAAAGAGAUUGAAGCUAAAGAAAUAGAGAAAUCCAGAUCUCCCAGUGUAACGAGUGUCCUAUCCGAAGCAAAAGACGUAUCGGAUAAGUCGAAAUCUCCCAGUAUCGCUGGCGAGACACCUGACUUAAAGGAUCUUGAAGCUAAAGAAAUUGAAAAAUCUAGGUCUCCUAGUGUAAUAAGCGUCCCAUCCGAAGCAAAAGACGUGCCGGAUAAGUCGAAAUCUCCUAGUAUCGCAGGCGAGACACUUGACUUAAAGGAUCUUGAAGCUAAAGAAAUAGAGAAGUCCAGAUCUCCCAGUGUAACGAGUAUCAUAUCCGAAGGAAAGGGCGUAUCGGAUAAGUCGAAAUCUCCUAGUAUCGCUGGCGAGACACCUGACUUAAAAGACAUUGAAGUUAAGGAAAUAGAGAAGUCUAGGUCUCCCAGUGUAACGAGUGUCCCAUCCGAAGCAAAGGACGUACCGGAUAAGUCAAAAUCUCCUAGUAUCGCAGGCGAGACACUUGACUUAAAGGACAUUGAAGCUAAAGAAAUAGAGAAGUCUAGGUCUCCCAGUGUAACGAGUGUCCCAUCUGAAGCAAAAGACGUGCCGGAUAAGUCGAAAUCUCCUAGUAUCGCUGGCGAGACACCUGACUUAAAGGAUCUUGAAGCUAAAGAAAUUGAAAAAUCUAGGUCUCCUAGUGUAAUAAGCGUCCCAGCUGAGGCAAAAGAUGUAUCGGAUAAGUCGAAGUCUCCUAGUAUCGCUGGUGAAACGCCUGAUCUGAAGGACGUUGAAGCGAAAGGUGCUGAGAAAUCUAGAUCUCCGAGUAUACCAAGUGCUCCAAUAGAAACUAAAGAUAUAUCAGAUAAAUCAAAGACACCAAGCAUCGUCAGUGAUACGCUGGAUCUAAAAGAACUGGAAACAAAAGAUAUUGAGAAAUCCAGAUCUCCUAGUGUGACAAGUAUUUCAACGGAACUGAAAGAUAAGUCAAAGACUCCUAGCAUUACUGCCGAAACACCAGAUUUAAAGGAUAUCGAGAAGUCUAGGUCUCCUAGCGUAACAAGUAUUUCAGCGGAGUUUAAAGAAGUAUCAGAUAAGUCAAAGACUCCCAGCGUUGUUGGCGAAGAACCUGACUUAAAGGAUGUUGACAAAUCUAGGUCUCCUAGGCCUAGCGUAACUAGUGUCCUUACUGAGCCAAAAGAACCAGCUGAUAAAUCCAAGACACCAAGCAUUGCGGGAGAUAUUGCCGAUCUGAAGGAAGUCGAUGAAAAAGAUUUUGACAAAUCCAGAUCUGCCAGCGUAGCAAGUAUUGCAGUUGAACCGAAGGAACUUUCGGAUAAGUCAAAGUCACCUAGUAUUGUUAGUGAGACUCUUGACUUGAAGGAGAUUGACGAAAGAGAUAUUGAGAAAUCUAGGUCUCCUAGUGUGAUAAGCGUACCUACUGAGCGGAAAGAAACACCGGAUAAAUCCAAGUCACCCAGCAUUGCUGGUGAGAUUCCAGAAUUAAAAGACGUUUGCGUAAAAGAUGCUGAGAAGUCUAGGUCUCCUAGUGUAACAAGCAUUUCAGCCGAGCUGAGAGAAUCAACUGAUAAGUCAAAGUCACCUAGCAUUGCUGGCGAGAAACCCGAUCUAGAUGAAAUUGAUGCAAAAAGUGCUGACAAAUCCAGGUCUCCUAGUGUUGCAUCUGUUGUAACUGAAACAAAGGAAACAUCCGAUAAAUCAAAAUCGCCUAGUAUUGCUGGGGAGGUCCCCGAUUUGAAAGAUGUUGAAGCAAAAGAUAUUGAGAAAUCUCGAUCUCCUAGCAUUACAAGUGUUCCAACUGAAGCGAAAGACGCAUCAGAUAAAUCAAAGUCUCCUAGUAUCGCUGGCGAAAUACCCGAUGUAAAGGACGCCGAUAUAAAAGAUACACAAAAAUCUAGAUCUCCAAGUAUAUCAAUCGCAUCAACGGAAUCGAAAGAAGCCACGGAUAAAUCAAAGUCACCCAGCAUUGCUGGAGAAGUACCUGACUUAAAGGAUAUUGAGAAAUCUAGAUCUCCCAGUAUAACUAGUAUUCCGGCUGAAGCAAAGGACGUUUUGGAUAAGUCAAAGACGCCUAGCAUUGCUGGUGAAAUUCCCGAAUUAAAGGAUGUUGAGAAAUCUAGAUCUCCCAGUAUACCAGGUAUUCCUAUGGAAUCGAAGGACGUAUCAGAUAAGUCAAAAUCUCCCAGCGUUGCUGGAGAAGUUCAAGACUUAAAGGAUGUUGCAAAAUCUAGAUCUCCCAGUAUACCAAGUGUUUCCGCUGAAUCGAAAGAAGUAUCAGAUAAGUCAAAAUCUCCCAGUGUCGCUGGUGAAGUUCCCGAUUUGAAGGAUGUUGAGAAAUCUAGAACUCCUAGUAUACCAAGCAUUCCUGUGGAAUCAAAGGACGUAUCAGAUAAGUCAAAAUCUCCCAGUGUCGCUGGUGAAGUUCCCGAUUUGAAGGAUGUUGAGAAAUCUAGAUCUCCCAGUAUAGCAAGCAUUCCUGUGGAAUCAAAGGACGUGUCAGAUAAAUCAAAAUCUCCCAGUGUUGCUGGUGAAGUACCCGACUUAAAGGAUGUUGAGAAAUCCAGAUCUCCCAGUAUACCAAGCAUUCCUGUGGAAUCGAAAGACGUAUCAGAUAAAUCAAAAUCUCCCAGUGUUGCUGGUGAAGUACCCGACUUAAAGGAUGUUGAGAAAUCCAGAUCUCCCAGUAUACCAAGCAUUCCUGUGGAAUCUAAGGACGUAUCAGAUAAGUCAAAAUCUCCCAGUGUCGCUGGCGAAGUUCCCGAUUUGAAGGAUGUUGAGAAGUCCAGAUCUCCCAGUAUACCAAGUAUUCCUGUGGAAUCCAAGGACUUAAAAGAUAAGUCAAAAUCUCCCAGUGUCGCUGGCGAAGUUCCCGAUUUGAAGGAUGUUGAGAAAUCUAGAUCUCCCAGUAUAGCAAGCAUUCCUGUGGAAUCAAAGGACGUGUCAGAUAAAUCAAAAUCUCCCAGUGUUGCUGGUGAAGUUCCUGAUCUGAGAGAUAUGGAGAAAUCUAGAUCUCCUAGCGUAACAAGCGUUUCAGCGGAACUAAAAGAAACAGUAGAUAAAUCGAAAUCGCCCAGUAUUGCUGGCGAAGCUAUUGAUUUGAAGGAUGUCGAGGCUAAAGAAAUUGGGAAAUCUAGGUCUCCCAGUGUGAUUAGCGUCACAGACGAAUCGAAGGAUAAAUCCAGGUCUCCCAGCAUUGUUGCCGAGGCUCUCGAUUUGAAGGAUGUUCCCACGAAGGAUGCUGAUAAGUCUAGGUCACCUAGCGUAACAAGUGCCCCAGCGGAAGCAAAGGAUUUAACGGAUAAAUCAAAAUCCCCUAGCGUUGCUAGUGAUAUAUUGGAUCUGAAAGAUGUUGCAGAUUCUGUGGACAAAUCUAAAUCACCAAGUGUAACAGAUAUUUCAGUGGGAUUGAAAGAUGUAUCAGAUAAGUCAAAGUCGCCCAGCAUUGCUGGUGAAUCACCUGACCUAAAGGAGGUUGAAACGAAAUCUAUUGACAAACCUAUAUCUCCAACUAUACCAAGUGCUCCAAAGGAAGCUAAGGAUGUAUCGGAUAAAUCAAAGUCACCCAGUAUCGCUGGCGAGGCACCUGAUGUGAAAGAAGUUGAAUUGGAAGAUAUCGUGAAAUCUAGAUCUCCGAGUGUACCAAGCGUUUCAGUGGAAUCUAAGGAUGUAGCGGGUAAAUCCGAUGUAUCCAAGUCGCCCAGUAUCGCUGGCGACACGCUUGAUUUCAAGGAUAUUGACGUAAAAGACAAAUCCAGAUCUCCUAGUGUAACAAGUGUAUUAGGCGAACCAAAGGAAGCAGCGGACAAAUCCAAGUCUCCGAGUGUCGCUGGAGAAGUUCCCGAUAUACAGGAUGUUGAAGCAAAAGAUACUGAGAAAUCCAGAUCUCCAAGUAUACCAAGUGCAACGUUGGACUCGAGAGAUGUAUCGGACAAGUCGAAGUCCCCAAGCAUCGCCGGCGACGUUUCCGAUGUAAAGGAAGUCGAAGCUAAAGACAUUGGAAAGUCCAGAUCGCCCAGUGUAACAAGUGUCCUGUCAGAACCUAAGGAUAAAUCAAAGACUCCUAGCAUUGCUAGCGAGACACCUGAUUUGAAGGAAGUUGGUAUAAAAGAAAUUGAGAAAUCCAGAUCUCCCAGUGUAGCGAGUGUUCCAGGAGAAGCUAAAGAUUUGUCCGACAAAUCAAAGUCUCCCAGCAUCGCUGAUUUAGACGAAGGCGAUAAAAGAAGAGAAAUCGAUAGUAAAAAGCUAGAUGUCGAAGAGAAACAGAUUGAUAUUCGGAAAUCAGUCGAAAAGGAUGGGGCAUUAAAGACGCCAGUUAAACUGGAAGAUUUUACGAAGAUAAGCGUUUCUACUACAGAGGUAACUAAAGAUAAGUCGCUAUUCGUCGAUGAUAGCUAUAAAGUAUUGCCUGAAAGUGUUGAAAUGGACCAAACGCAGGUCGAUCGAGAAAGUAUGAUGAAAAUAACGCCUGAGAAAGAAGCAAAUAUUAAAAAGUAUAUUUUAGAAGAAUAUAUAAAUAAGGGAAGGAAGAUCACGAUGAUCGUAAUAGAAGAAAUAAUUAGAACUUAUUCAGUCUCAGAGUUGAUAGUAAUGACUAUCAUAGAGACAAUUAUUACGACGAGGAAACUCAACAGAGAUUCAGUUUUAGAUAUACCCGAGCAAAAGAUGGAGAAGUCGGAUCAUUCGAUAAGUUCUAGCGUAAGUUCCGAACUGAUUGCUUCUGAUAAAUCUACUCAAGAUAGCCCUGUACGUUCUGAGCCACAUAUCGACGAAGAAAUUUCGAUCUCGGAAGAGAAGAGAAUCGAAAUUGAGAAACUUCUCGAAGAAGACUACGUUAAGCAAGGAAAGAAGAUCACCGAAGAAAUUCUAGAAGACAUUAUCGUUCGAUCGUCUUUACCUCGAUACAUUAUUCUAGAAAUAACGGAGGAAUUAAUUCUGAAGAGAAAACUUACUCGAGAAUCCGUGAUCGACGUGGAGGUGUACUAUCACGACGACGAGCCAGAUGACAGCUACGGCAAGGAUGGCUACCGUUAUGAAAAAUCACUGGAGCUCAGAUACGAACCCGACCACGGAGAAGGGAAAAUGUCUUACGAUUACAAAACGGUGGAAUAUUCGGGACAACGCGAAGGCCACAUGGAAACGUCGAUGACGGAUUAUUCGACAAGUUACGAGAGCCAAUUCCACAAAGCAUUCGUCGGCGGAGUAACCGAGAUACGUACGACUCAUAUAACGACGUUAUCAGGAAAAUCAACGCCAGACGUAACUCGUGACGGAACUCCUGAUUCGAUAUCCGAGCCUACAGCUUCCACCGUAGAGAAAGUAGAAGACAAAUCUGCCGGUAAACCAAUCGACCAUAUUUCGCCUGAUAAAGAUGUAGUUUCUACGAGUAUCGGCACCUCCACCACUAUCACCACUACGGUAACCCAGAAAUCAUCCGUUACGCACACCGUAGAAGCGAAACCUCAGAUAGUUACUGUACUGAAAGAAAGUAAAAUCGGCGAAGUAGACGCGCAAGUGACGGGUAAAACGGAAGUAAUCAGAAAAGUAAUCGAAUCGGACGUAGACGCGAGCGAAUCCGUACCCUCGGCCAGGCUCGAGUUCGAGGAAUUGGAAAAACGAAUUAUCAAAGGUAAAGAAGAGAUGGAAGGAGAGCCAACCGAAGAAGAAAAGGAAGUUUCGCCAGAUGGCAAGGUGAUCGUGGUUAAAAGAAUCGUGACACGGGAAGUGUCGGAUCAAGAAGAACCCGAAACGAUUCGUAAGGUGAUAAAACGGGAGAUCAUCGAGCAGGAUGAUCCGCUGGUGAUUACGAAAGUCAUAAAGCGCGAGAUUAUCGUUCCCGAGGGUGAGAUGGGCGACACGGACGAUCUCGAAACGAUAAAAGAAAUCGUGAGCAAAGAAACUGUCCCAUCGACCGUCGAAACUGUGAGAACAGAAACGAAGAAAAUCGUGAUUACAGGAGGCGAGAAGCUGAGCGAAGAGAGUCUGACAUCGGACAUUCUGUCGGGUAUGCACGUCGACGUUAAAAAAGGAACGACAACUAUCAUAGAAACGGGUGGUGAGAUAUCGGAGAAGGACAUCAGAGAGGCUAUCGAAAAAAUGACGACCGAAGCUAGUAAGCAGAGUGAAUUUUUAAGCGACGAAGGUACCAUAAUCAAAGAAACUACUAUUAGAACUACGAAGACCGAAGAGUCUACGGAAAGGAAGAAAGAAGAGAAGAAAGUCGAAGGAGCAGAAGGAAAAUCUGAAGCGAAAUUUGAAAAGGAAGAAACGAAGCAUACGCCGAUGGAUAAACGUUCGAUGCCUCCUCAAGUACGCGAUAUCGCUUCCGACGUUUCUUCUCUGUCAGGAAGAACUACACCGGACCGAAGAUCCGAAGGUAGGUCUUUGACUGGAACUCCGGAAGGAUUCAGAUCGGGAGAGGUGAUCAGAACGAUCAUCACCACGACUAAGACAGUGUCCGACGACGGUGAGAUAGUGACGACGACCCGAGAAGUCACGGAAACCACAAACGAAAAAGGAGAGACGGUGAUAUUGGCGGAGAAAGUGGACGUGAAGGUAGACGAAUAUUUACCUAGCAAGGAUAUGACGGAAUCUUUGGGUCCCGAUAGCUCCCUUCUACGUUCCUUGCAGGAAAAAGAGAAAGAGAGAACAUCCAGCGACUUUAUGAGCAGCGCGAUGAGCAGCAGCAUUUAUGGCGAGCUACCGUCUGAAAAAGAUACAACAAGUGGCAGCACGCAGAAGAUCGGCGAAUCUUCCACUCUGACAGAUCAAGGUGAUUACACGUUCAAACGUUUCAUGGUGGAGAAAGAGUAUGCCGGAGAUUACAAGGAGAAAUCCGAUCCGAAGAAAUAUAUCGACGAGGCUGGACUCGACUUUGAGAAAGCUCUGUCGAUGGAACAAAAGGAAACUAAAGAAACCGAACCACAGGGUAAAACUAUCUCAGCGAGAUACACGAACGGUAGCGUUCGUCGAGAAGCGUCAGAUUCUGAUGGUAAGUCGGACGAUCGCAAAGAGGAGGAUCCGAAGUCUGACACGAAGAAAGAUCCGUUAGAUGGUUGGGGAACUCCGUUGGGACUUCCUUCUCCCAUUCCACCGCAUAAGUUUAACCUCAGAAACACGAAUUCCGACAACAAUAUGAGACUAAAUUUCGACGCUAUUAACGACUGGGGUGAGCCAUUGAGAUUACCUUCGCCAGCUCCUGUGACCAAUGAAAUUUCUAACAAGGGUACACCCGGAACACCGAAAAAAGAGAAGAAACAAGCGAGAAAGGUUCUAUCGGAGAAUUUGAAGAACAAGAAACGCUCCGAGAGUCCGGGCAAGAACGAGAAGAAGCUGAAGGAUUCGAAGAAUAAAGUACAACCCGUCUACGUGGAUCUUACUUAUGUACCUCAUCAUGGAAACUCCUAUUACACAUCGUUGGAAUUCUUCAAGAGAGUUCGCGCGAGAUAUUACGUGUUCAGCGGUACCGAACCAAGUCGCGAGGUCUAUGACGCUUUGUUGGAAGCUAAGAGGACUUGGGAAGACAAAGAUCUCGAGGUAACUAUGAUCCCAACUUACGACACCGACACCCUGGGCUAUUGGGUAGCCGACAACGAAGAAGCUCUGGCUGCGAAUCACAUUGACCUUUCACCUUCAGCAUCCCGAUGUACGAUUAACCUGCAGGACCACGAGACUAGUUGCAGUGCCUAUAGACUUGAAUUCUAGGGAUUGGCAGCCUGCUCAGCCGUAAUAGUUGAGUUCUGAGCGGUGUUCAGAGAGUGUACUUGAUCGCUUUAUUUCUGGACUUGCCGUUUCGCGAAUUCCUUACCGUGCCUACUAGCGGUUCAUAAAACUUUAGAAAAAUCUUAAGGAGAGGCUACAUCGAACGACUUGGACGUGGUCGUUCUACGAUCCGAAUAUUUCGUGCCUAAUCCCGUAUAAAUCAUAAAUACGCAGUUGUUCCUUGUUUUUAAAUGCACAGGUUUAUUGGAUCAACAACUAUAUUACCACGACCACCGAUAACAACAUAUAGCAGCAACAAUAACGACGACAAAAACAAUCACGACGAAAACAACAAAAAUAACAACACAACAACAACGAUAACGACAACAGCGAUGAGGACGAUAACGUUAACGAUGCUCCUUUCUUGCUCUCUCUAUCUGUUUUCUUUGCUUCCUUCACCUAUGAUACUUAGAUCGAGAAUACGAUAAAAAGAAUGCAAUUUUCUCCUGAACACUCGGCCGUGUACGAUCUUUGCUGGUACGUGCAAAAUUUCGAUACGAAGCUGCGAAACGAUCGCGUUAGAAGCUGUUGCGACAAACGAACCUGGCCUGUUCUCAGUUUUUUUGGACGCUUACACUCACAAAGUUUAAAGAACGCGUCCUUUGCCUCCAUUAUCUUUUUAUAUACACACCUAUUACUCGACACUGUUAUCGCUUUGAAAGCAUCGCUAAAAAAGCCGUAGAAAGAUGGAGACACGUAGAAACAACGCAACGCAGCCUAGCAAUAACACGGACAAGACGUACAAAGGUAAAUAGGACGAAACAACGCGUACACAUAACGGGCAGAUAUCGAGGCAUCGACCACGUCGAUGAAGAAGAAAAAAGGAUUCUUUGUACAUCUUUUACGGUCUUAAGUUCUCGACAAAAACGAAUUCGAGUUGGAACAUCCAAGGACGUUUCUUCGUCGAACUAACGAUCGAUCUCCUCGUCGUGAAUGUCUACUCGUGUACAGAGAUAAACGACUAUAUACGUCAAUCGGGAAGUACCGCGGUGAGACGAUCCGAGUCGUGAAACAAAGCGUUUCCAAAGAUUCCUAAAGAAUAGAAGAUAUUCGCGCGGUCGCAAUCGGAUCGAAGCGAACAACAGGAAAAGCGAUAUAGGAAAACGAUCGUCCAUAUCGUCGAUGUUCCAUUCCAAAUGCCACUUAGGCCCGUUACCUUAUAGCGGAGGUAGGUGAAUAAAGAUAAAGCAAAAUCUAAAAAAGGAUUCCCUUCUCGAUAACGAAGAAAGUAGAAUAUCAGAAGCAAAACUGAGACGGCGAUAAAGUAAAAAAUCGUACAACAUCCAUCCAAUGGACAAAGUCCACGUUCGAUAAUCGUAUCGGAGUGAACAGCUCUGUUUUUCGACGUUUCGCCCGAGUUUUCGGCCACCUUAAGAACAGAGUUGCUCGUUCCUGUAAUAUAAAUCCGUUUAUAGAUAUUUUUUAGAGACGAGAGUAUUUCAUUUGCCACGUAACAAAAUACCACUUUCUAGAGCGCGCACCGUUUAUGAAAUUAGACCAAACGAUAAUCGCGGUGUCGUAUCGACGUUGAGAACUGUACAAGGGGUCUACGAAUUCCAUCGACUCGUUUCCAUUCUCUCCUCGUUGUAUCUCGCGAAAGAAACGCAACGAUUCUGACGAUGUUUGCUUUCCAAGGGAAUUUCGAUGCUCCGCGCGUCCCUAUUCCUUUUACGCGUGUCGAACCGAACACCGUAAAAGAAAGCGUUCCAGAAAGUUGACAAACCGUUUAGUUCAUUUUGUACUUAUUUCAAUCAGAUCGACGAAAUACGACAAAACUGCACUCGUGCGGGAUGACGAUGGCGUGACAAUUGCCCGACACAUGGUAACGAUGACUAUACGCGAAACGAUUACAACGGUAAUCGUAACGACAAUGACGAAAACACGCAUUAGUCACGAUAACGAUUCGAUCAUGACGAUGAUCGGUGGUGACAACGAUGUGGACAACGCGAACGUAAACGAGAACGGUGACGAUUACCGGUUAUCGACGAUAACGAUGGUGAUGAUGGUGACGAUGGUGACGACAAUAACGACUACAACGGUGACAAUAACGACGAGACGACGACAAAUAUAGUAACGAUGAUGGCAAUGAUGAUGAUAAUCCUUGUAAGAACGAUUAGAAAUCCGAAAGUAUAAGGACGAUGAUAUCUUCCACGUGGAUGAAAUAAAAUUCUGCUUAACGUGAGUAACGUAAAGCGAACGUGUUUUCAAGAAUUUGAAAUACGCGUGUGAUCGAGGUAAUUUUCAUAGAACAAACGUAGCCUUGUAGAUUAUGAGAACGCAUGCUCGUUAUGUUCUUAAUCGUUUCGUGAUAAAUGAUAUAUAAGGAAAAAUUUAUUUUGUGAACGCAUAUAUAUAUAUAUAUAUGUAUACGUGAAAAUAACAGAUAAGUAUGGUUCGUUGAAAGAACGAAAGCGAUCUCAUCGACCUAUUAACAAAAUUACCAUCGCAUUCGAUUUCGUGCAAGUUGACAGUUUCAAGUUACGGAUAAUUGUAUUUACUCGGAUCGACCACGGAGAAUUUGAGAAGAAAAUUUCGAUGGAAAUGUCUCGAAUAACGAAAGACCGAAGGCAUAAAAACUGAGCAUAGCGAAAGGCCUAUAAUAUCGAUCGGUUUUCACACCCGUUGUACGAAAACGAUCGUCUUACGAAUGUUACCAGGUUCGUGAAAGGAAAAAGGCAGAGUUAAGAAGAGAAACGUACGUUCUGCCGAUUGUGAUUGUCUUACGAUAACUCAAGGUCCAAUAAAUGCUCUAGUUAGUGUGUAAGUUUUUUACUGCUCGUUUAACGCAGUUUGCUCGUCAACGAUCGCUUAUUUGCUCCUCCGUGUGUAUAUUUCAUCUACUUAUUUACGCAUUUACUUUUCCAUCUUUUACAUCUUUGUAAUUUAGGUUUAUACGUAAGAUCUUUGGACGAGAGGUUUAAAGAAGUUUGGUCUAAACGAAAAUACGUUUGCUACGUAUUAUCUUCGAUAUAAUUAUUACUAUCAUCAUCAUCAUCGUUAUUACUACUACUGCCGCUGCUACUAUGCUCGUUAUUACCAUUGUCAUUGCUAUUAUUUAUUAUUAUUUAUUAUUCCUCCUAAUAUUAUCGCUGUUCGUACUAUCGCUAUUGUCAUUGUUAUUCUAACAAAAUCGUUAUGAUUAUCGCCAUCAUCAUUAUGAUUAUCAUAAUCAUCGCGUUACUAUUAUGUAUUAUCAAUGACCAUUAUCGUAUCGUUACAGUCAUCAUCUCUAUUAUUGUCACUGUUAUUAUUGUUAUUGUUGUUGUUGUUGUUGCAUUGUUACGUUUACCAUCGUCAUUGGCAUGGUCGUAUCGUCAUUGUCACCAUCGUCAUCGUGGACGAGAAUUUUGUCGCUUGCGACGAGAGAAAGAAAGAAGGAACAGACGAAUGAAACCGAAGAAAACGUAAAUGCGCGAUAGCGAUAAAACCAUGUGUGUACCUAUGUAUUUAUGUAUUAUUUAUUGACAAACUAACGACGACCAGCUAUUUAGGUAGGAUAUUAAAAUUAUGAAAUUGAAUAUGUAACGAGAACGAUCGAAACGAGUAAACAAACACAGUUAUAUUAACAUUGGUAAAACGAAGCGAAUGGUUAGGUAUGCGCUCGUCCUCGACGAGCUAACGAAGAUGAAAGAGAAUUUUAAUUAAAAAGAAACGAGGAUGAAUAUAAAAGUUAAGAACGAGCUUUCAUUAAGACAGUUUAGAUUAAAUAUAAAGAAGAACAAAAAGGUAUAUAUAUAAAUAUAUAUAUAUAUAUGAACACACACAAACACAGACACAGACACAGACACAUACGUACAAACCGUGCGUAUGCACAUACAUAAUACAUGCAUACGACGCAAGAAAUAUACAUAUAAUAUAUGAAUGGAAAGUCAGAGACAAAAUAAAAAAACUAGAAAGAAAUCUAAUUCCGGGAGGAAAAAGAAUAUGCAAAGGAUUAAGAAGUGCGAACCUCGACACCUGUACGAACCCCUAAAUCGCGAUGCUUAACGGGUGUGAGAACGGUGAUACGGUUUUAUUUGAAUAUCAACUUAAAAAGAGCGUCGUAUGAAGUGUGUUUCAUACGCCCUUAACACGUAUCCGACACUCGAGCGUAUCGGGGUAAGGGCUCACGUUCGAAUUUUGGCAUGCGUUUUUAAAGAGAUUUUGCUGGAUCAAAAAGAGUACAUUGUACGAAGCAACGUCGAAUCAGCGAUCAAACGAGACGAAUGCGAAAAGGGACAAAAUGUUGAAAAGACAGAAAAAAAGA